CCGAGUGAGCAUGUGCGGGAGGGGAGGGGAGGUAACUCCAUCCCCGGAGACCCGGGCAGAGAGAGAGAGAGAGAGAGAGAGAGAGAGGCUGAGAGAUGCAAAGAGCGGACCUCCAGCCCAGCGAGAGGCGGCGAGUGAUGUACUUGCGCUGCGCGCUUCUGGAAUCAGCCCACCGACUGCCCGCUCCGUCUGCAGUCAAUCGACACCGGGUCACCGCCAACCACAGAUAGGCGGCAACAAACCGUAAACCAAUUAAACAAAAAAACAAAACGCCAGGAAGCUACCGGGACGCUGCGAGCGGUCGGGAGUCCUGGAGGAUGUGAGUGGGUAGGAGCGCGCUGAAUGACUGUGCAGAGCGUGUCUGCAUUGCUGCUGUCUACACCUCGCCGGCGCUCUCCAACUGCCUGCCCUCUGCCCCGACAGUCGGAGACAGCGCCAUGUCCCAGGUUAUGCCUUACAGCGAGGAAAAGAUUGCGCACUAUGGCGACGCGGCGGAGGUGGGGCAACCCCCGUUCACCUGCCGCCUCCAGGACACCAGCAAUUUCUUCGGACCCGCUCAGAACAAGAGGGCGCCCAAACUGGGCCAGAUCGGCAGGAGCAAGCGUGUUGUCAUUGAAGAUGACAGAAUUGACGACGUGUUGAAAAAUAUGGCAGAGAAAUCACCUUCUGGCGUUUAAACAAAAAGACUCCGCGAUGCGCUCGACAUGAAACCUUUAAGCAAGUCCCUUGGUUAAUGCAAGCAGUUUGAGACACUUUAAACAAAAAAAGCUGUGAGCCGUGUUACUAAAACAGCUAUUGUAUUUCACGCUUAGACACGAGGAGGGGCGGGGGAAGAGGAUCAGGUAUGAGGUGAGGCUUCCAUUGUCAGGGACCGUUGGUCUCCAACUCUUGUCUCCACGGACAUUGUUUUAACCCCGCGUUAAAGCUUGUCUCUUGCGGACUGGCAGAAGCCAGCGUACAGCCAAGCAUCGGGACGGGAGAAUGUAGCAAGCACAUCACUGUAUUGUACAUCAAUCAAACCUUUGUAUUGUGUUGCUACCUGGCUGUAUCAUGAAUGGAGCACUGUGUUUACAUUCUUUACCUUGCGAAUACUGUAAUUCCGUGCACCUUGGAUGUAAAAUCUUACUUUUAUUCCCCUUUAUUGCAGCGUUGAGGAAUGUUGAAAAAAUAUUUUAUAGGAAUGAAAAAGAAUCACUGUUUCUUUUUCAUUUAAGACUCCGGUGUAGCUUGAUUUUUGCCCCGUUGCUAUAAUGCAGCCUGCUGAAUUUAAAGUGAAAAAGCAUAUUUUAUAUAUUAGGAUUUAUAAACGAUAUCCUACCGUGUGAUCAUAGAGUACCUUUGUUCUCGUGCAGACAUCUACUUUCUAGAAUGUAUGAAACGCCAUCACAACAGUGCCAAAUAUCUCGAGAAUGCCAACAUUUGGCAACCAGUUUCUCUGUGCUCUUGGUGAAUGUACAAAGUAAUGCUACCUGGCUGCCACUUUUUAUGUUAAAAGACUAAUUUCCUUUCUUAUCGGUAAAAUGAUUGCGCUGCAUGAACCUGUGUAAAACGCCUCGUGCGAGGAUUCAGUACUUCACUGUCGAUCUUGUUUGCAACUUUGAAUGAUAGACCUCAAUAUUAUUUUUUCCUUAUUUGAAAUAUAUAAUGUUGCAUCUCUCUCUACAGGGCUAUACUACAAAGUACAAUA